CUCCUAGCAAAUAAAAGUCACCGAGCAAAUUUUUCUUACCUUGGGCGAGCAUAUUUCAUUAUAGGUGUAAUAACUCACUUAUUUAAGCAAGGAACCCGUAAAUCAUGUCUGUCAAUCCUAAGGCUUUUCCUUUAGCCGACACUGGCUUAACUCAACAAAUUCUCGACUUGGUGCAACAAGGCUCUCAUUACAAGCAACUUCGUAAGGGUGCUAACGAGGCUACUAAGACUUUGAACCGUGGUAUAAGCGAAUUCAUUGUCAUGGCUGCCGACACUGAGCCCAUCGAGAUUUUGUUGCAUCUUCCUCUUCUUUGCGAAGACAAGAACGUUCCCUACGUCUUUGUUCCCAGUAAGGCUGCUCUUGGACGUGCUUGCGGUGUCAGCCGUCCUGUGAUUUCAGCUAGUAUUACUACCAACGAGGCUAGUGAUUUGGCUCCUCAAAUCCAAGCCAUCAGAUUGGCUAUUGAAAAGCUUCUUAUUUAGAGGUCCUGAAAUAAAAUGGCGGCAUGUGAAUGUCAUCUUUUUUGAUUCAUAGUAUAUGUUGGCUGUAAGUUUUCGUACAAUUUCUUGGGAACCAAUUUCUGAAACACUAAAACGUAAUAGGAACUGUAACACU